AUGAGCGACAUCUUAAGCAUCGGUGGGGAACCAGUAUUCGACGAUCGCAUCGUCAAAAUCGAAACUCACACGUAUAAUCCUUAUGCUAAUACAACGUUUGGAAAUAGCGACGAAAUACGAAUUCCUAUACAACAACAAGAUCUGUACACGUUACCGUGCGAAAGUUUUCUGUACAUCGAGGGCAGACUCGAGUCGAAGAAAUCGUCGAGCGCGGAGGAAGAAAGCGCGUUGACGACGAGAUUGGUGAACAAUUGCGCGGCGUUUAUGUUCGAGGAGAUUCGCUACGAACUCGAUGGCGUAGAGAUCGAUCGAAAUAGAAACGUCGGAAUAACGAGUACGAUCAAGAAUUAUGUGUCGCUGACGACCGAGAGAAGCAGUAUAUUACAAAACGCUGGAUGGGACUUCGCGACGACGCUUCAUUGGCCGAUCGGUGAUUUCAACUUUUGCGUACCACUCAACGUGUUGCUAGGUUUUUGCGAGGAUUACAAACGCGUCGUGAUCAACGCGCGACAUGAACUCAUUCUGAUACAAGCGCGCAACGAUAACAAUUGCCUUAUAUUGCGCGAAACGUACGAACCUAAGAUCAUCUUAUUGAAGAUACAGUGGCGAAUGCCACAUAUAGUGCUAAAUGACGUUAAUAAAUUGGCGCUAUUACGCACGUUAUACAGCGGACGGUAUCUAAGCAUCGCUUUUCGUUCGUGGGACCUCUACGAGUUUCCGCUUCUGCAAAGCACGACCAAACACUCGUGGGCGGUCAAAGCGGCGACGCAGCUCGAGAAACCGCGCUACGUUAUCUUCGCACUACAGUCCGGAAGGAAGAAUGUUCUAUCUCAGGAGAUUUCUCAAUUCGAUGAUUGUAAACGAGGGACGCGUCGAGACAUUUUCUGCUUGAGAAAAUUGUUCGAUCUCGAGCCAUACGACGGAUGCGAAGAGCGGACGAGACGAGACCUCGCGAACUUACGGGAAGACGCUGCGCGGGCUCGCGAAUGCGACGCCGACGACGAAGGAACGAACCGGAACAUUUCGAGCAACAUGGAACGGUGA